CGACAGUUUCACACGCUUAUAAGUCGUCUAAAAUUCGUUUGUCAAAAGUACAAUUAUUAUUUAGUGUGAGAAUUAAACGUGAAGUUAAAUGUUUUGUGAUAAGGACUUAUCAAACUUUGGAACAUCUUUGUAAUCUACUGAGUUUUGGUGUCGCCGUAGUAAAUUGGAGGUCAAGUGUGUCUCGAAAUAAGGAAGAAGAGAUUGUCGAUUGGAUUUGGUGUGUCAAUUAUUGAGAGGAAGGAUGAGUCGGCAACGCCGGAGUGUCAAGAUAGAUAAGAACAAUGAGUCGUCGUCUGAUGACGAGUGGGAGGAGGUUCCCGAUUUGCCGUCACAGGAGGAUCAUCAGCAGCAAAUUAGCGAGAGAAUUCCAGAAAGUGGAUUAGUCAUUACAAUCCCUCAGGUUGGAGGGCCCCUGAAGAAAGUGAACAAGUACGACCCUAGAGAGUUAUUCAGGCUUCAGUUAAAUCGGGAAGUUAAAGAUCGUCAAGUUUCGUUGCACAAAGUGAGCGUUUUGUGCCACCUGGCAAGACUCGUUUUGCUCAACGACCUGCUUUGUUCUGACGAAUUGAGAGCAAUGGCCAUGUCGCAGGUUGGGUGCAAUUUAUUUAACAUACCAUCAUCAAAUUUAGAUAGAGACGACGCAUAUCUUGUACGAGUGUUGGGAAUGGUGCGGAGAAAGUUUCGUCCCUGGUAUUCUACCGCCGUUGAGCCAAAUCAUGAUAUGCUAGCAGAAACAAAUUUUGACGAUGUUGAUACUCUGGACGGCAUUGAACAAGUUUUGAAACAGUAUUUUAACGAAGAGGAGUGUCUACGAUACCUGAAGCCCUUUCAUCGUGUGCUACUCGCCGUCCUUCUUCUGAGAGCAGCGGGAUUCGAAGUCAGGUUGAUUCACUCAAUGCAACCUCUUCCACUUCGGCCUUCCUCUGACGAGUUGUUGAAGAAACCAGUGCAGCCAAAAGAAGAUGAAGGCGACACAGGGAUCACUCCUGCGAAGACAGAUGCCAACGAUGACGAUCCUGACUACGACAGUGAGUCAGAAGCUAAGACCAAGAAGAAGAAGAUAGGAAAGGGAGUAGCUGCAAAGAAGAAGAACAAUGUGAAAUCAAAAGAUGUAGAACCGGGACCGAGUACUUCUUCCAAGAGUAAAGCUCGGAAGACACGACGGAGCUCUAGUGACCAAGAGGACAGAGAUUUCGAGUCGCUCCUUAAUCCAAAGAAGAAUUCUCAGAGUAAGAAAAUUACAAAUUUCCUUCCAGUUGACGAUUGGGUAGAGGUGUAUAUUCCAAGGCGCCAGCGAUGGGUACCUAUAGAUCUUGAGAAGUAUCAAGCUAGUCAGGAUGCUCCAUUUGAGGCAAAAGCAUCAAAACCAAUGCUGUAUGUACUCGGAAUAGAUAACGAUGGUAAAGUGAAAGACGUCACCAGACGUUAUGUCAGUAAAUGGCUUCAAAUGGUUGUGAAGAGCAGAGCUGACAGUGACUGGUUUGAUGAGACCCUUGAACCGUACCGAACCUUUGCCACCGCACGAGAUACGUUGGAGGAUGAUUUGCUGGACAAGCUAGUAGCAAAAAGAUCAUAUCCUGAAAAUGUGUCAGAGUUAAUCAACCACCCAUUGUAUGUGGCAGAAAAGCAUCUAAAGAAGUUUGAGGUCAUUUAUCCUCCUAAUCCUCAUCCUGUUGGAGUCAUCAAAUGCAUCCCGUUUUAUCAACGUUCAGUUGUAACUACAUUACACUCGAGAGAAGCCUGGCUAAAGGAAGCCAAAGUUGUGAAACUAGGUGAAGCCCCUUACAAGUUGGUCAAAGGUAGGCCGAAAAUGGUAAAACAGAGUACUGGGUCAUGGGCGUCUGUACCUAGAGAUCAAGACUUGGAACUUUUUGGAUAUUGGCAAGUUACUGACUACAUGCCUCCAGUAGCAAAGGAUGGAAAAGUUCCACGAAGUGCAUAUGGGAACGUAGAACUGUACAAACCGGAAAUGGUGCCAAAAGGAGCAGUCCAUCUAGUUUUACCAGGACUCGACAAGGUCGCUAAAAAGUUGGAUAUCGACUGUGCACCAGCCCUGACGGGAUUUGAAUUCAGUGGUAUCUCUCGCCCAGUAUUUGAUGGGUUUGUGGUUUGUGAAGAGUUCAAAGAGAUUCUUCUUGAUGCUUGGAACCAGGACCAAGAUGAACAAGUUAGGAAAGCAGAGGAAAAGCGCAGAGCUAGAGUCGUAGGAAACUGGCGAAGGCUAUUUAGAUUAGUUAUUAUUAAGAUACGAUUAGAUAAAAAGUAUAAUUUGGGUGCUUAUAGUUCCUCCGAAUCUCGUGCUAAUCAAUCACAAUCAAGUUCAUUCAAAUCUAACAACGUGACUAAGAGGGCUCCAGCGAAGCGAAAGAAAGAGACUUCUGCCACAAGGUCUUCGUCACCUCCUCCCAAGAAAGGAAGAAAGCUCAAGAAAUGAACCGAAUAUUUUACAAAAUAAGUUAUAAUAAUAUUUAAUAACGACAUGCAUUUAAUUGGGUAUUAACUAAGUAUUAUUCAACCCGAGUGAUUACGAAAUUUAAUUUGACAAGUACUUAGCUUAACCAAUCAUUCAAUAUAAUUUUCUACUUUUUCAAAUGACUACACCUUUUGUACAACUUACACCCUUGUAAGUUAACCGAACAUAUAUGCCAAAUAAAAAUACGAUAUUAUUUUUUAAGAACAAUAAUAUCAUACCAUCGUAAAUAUAGUGGAUAAUUUAUUUUAUUAGCAAGAUUUGGUUUGUUUUGUCGUACAUUCAUUGAGACUUAAUAGCAGUAAUGAAAAAUUACGCUUAUUUGUGUAAGUGAUACUGAUAGUGGUGGCAUUUACGGCUGCAGCUAUAUUUUAGGCAUUUUCUAUUGUAAUUAUUCAAACGCAGCCAAAAAACAUCUCAGUAAAUAAUAUUCUAAAGCAACGGAAUACAUAGCUGGACUACAAUCUCGCUUUUUUCAUCAAACAUACAUUAAUGGACUCCUCCCUCGGGUGACGACAACACAUGAUGAUGAUGAUGCAUUAAAACGAAACCGUAGAUUAAUAAUUAGCAGAAUAAUUACGCUCUACGUACACAAGUAAUAAUAGCAGUAAGAUGAAAACGGAAAGAAAAUAUCAACUUAUUGGCAUACAGUAAAUUAUACUUUAUCCAUACAUACAUUAGCGGACCUAGUAACGCUGUUAUUGGAUGUGUCGUGUGAUUACACGUCGGAUAAACACGUCCCAACAACAAGGAGAAGAGAAAUGUUUUCAGUCAUCAUUCAAGUAGAUUUUUGA